GGGUUUUCGGGGAGGAAAUGGGGAGGAAAAUGAAACAAGUCCAAAAGGGGCCGGAGCUAUCACAUCCGUUAUUUCCGCGUCGCCCAAGAUCUGAUAAGAGAAACAGGAAGUGUCCGACCCGGGGGGAGCCGAAUAUACAGUGGAGAUGGAGCACAGCGAGACCUUGCAAGCGCGAGGCGUCAUCGGCGAUGAAAAUGGGUCCAAAUAAUAAUAAUAAUAAUAAUAAUAAUAAUAAUAAAACAUGUAGGAACCCGAUCACCACGGGUCUAACCUGUUCAAGGCAUUGGAUUGGAUUAGAAUGGCAGAUAGCGCAAGAGCUGCGCGGACUGGUUCUUGAUCGAGGGCCUGGGUACUGGACCCAGGGGGGAUCCGAGGCAAAACCACACUCAGUAACACUGCCCACCGCAUGGAACUCCCAGCGAGCUAUCAGUAAUAUGGAGAUCGAACGAAUUCCCAAGGAUAUUCUCACAGCUUCUGUGUCCUCGGUCAAACGGGACAUCCUCCUCAUCUCAAGCCGUGCUGCCCCAGGGAGGGACGACACAGCGGGGAUAUGCUGUCUCCUGGUGCAUUCGAUAUUCUUAGAGUGGGGAGCAAACUAGUAGAGAUGCUUGUCAACACUGACAUCAAUAAAGGGUUCGGAAGAAUGCCGGGGCCUUCUUAAAUUCCUUACCCCUUUUCUUAACGUCAGCUCCAGAAUCUCGCGUAAUCCAUUGACCAAUAAUUAGCCAAGAAGUCCAUUUGCUGGGCACCAUUACUGAUUGUACUCUUCUCGAGCUAGGUAUCUGGUGGAUGAAAAAAAAAAAAAAAAAAAAAAA